UGCAAGGGAAGAAUUCUGGGAGACUGAAAUAGCAAAGAGGAAAGGUGCCUCAAAGAGUGAAGAAGAAAUAAGGAAGAGAGCAAGUGGAUGAAAAGGGAUCCAAUGAGAGAGGGAGGAGAGAGGAAAGUUUAAGCAGUUUAAACUCAGGGACACAGUUUCAGAGGGGGAAAGAAAUUAGGUAGGAGCUGGAGGAGGCAAUGCAUGAAGGGAACAGGUAAUGCAGGUGUACAGAAGGGCAUUUGCAUUCUCUCAGGAUUAGUUAUUUAGAAUUAUGGUUGCAGACUGUUCACACAUGUGUGUAUUAUAUAUAUAAAUAUAUAUCCGAGAGUGCAUGAGUGAGUGUGGCAGUACAAUAUAGUUGUGGCAAACAAACUACACCAGGGCACAGUACCAGCAGGGAAGAAACCUAGGGGUGCACUAGAGCACCACAGGGAGGUAUGGGACCCCGGGGAAAAGACAUAGGUAGCAUGGAGAAGGAUUAAAUCUUGUCCAAGUAAAGUUUGGGUUUGUCUUCUUGGAGAGGUAGCUUCAAAGGAGAGGCGCACUCUUUGCAAAGCUUUCAACAUGUUCUUUUUUCUCCGGGAGACCCAACGAUUGAGCAGUGAGGCACCACAGUCACGGGCAUCACGGGGCUUCUCCGUUUUUCACCAGCGAUCAAAAAGCAGACACUCUCACCGAAAAGGAAGUCAGUCCGGAGAAGAAGACAGACGGUUCAUGGAGUGGCCCCGGUUCAAAAGCACUUUGGAGAUGACCACAUCUACCACCACCCUCUAUGGGACCAACCUGAGGAUGGAGGAAGAGGGAAACUUGGCCGGAGCCAGCAGUGCCAAGGGAGAGCCAUUGCAAGGAGCAGCAUCAGCCCCAGGAAGGGCUGGUUCAGUUCCUACAGAUGAGGAGUGCCCAAGCAUCUGGGAGAUGAAGCCCAUCCUCACCUCUGUCUUUGGGCAGGACAGAGAGCUUCGACCAGAGGAAAUUGAAGAGCUAAAAGAGGCCUUCAAGGAAUUUGACAAAGACCGUGAUGGCUACAUCAGCUACAAGGACCUGGGGGAAUGUAUGCGCACCAUGGGUUACAUGCCUACUGAAAUGGAGCUCAUUGAAUUAUCUCAGCAGAUCACUGGAGGAAAAGUGGAUUUUGAUGACUUUGUGGAGCUGAUGGGUCCCAAGAUGCUAGCAGAGACUGCAGACAUGAUUGGAAUGAAAGAACUACGGGAUGCCUUCCGUGAGUUUGACACAAAUGGCGAUGGGCAGAUCAGCAUUGCUGAGCUACGCGAAGCCAUGCGUAAGCUCCUGGGGCAGCAGCUGAACUACCGUGAGGUAGAUGAGAUCCUCAAAGAUGUUGAUCUCAAUGGGGAUGGCCUUGUGGACUUUGAAGAAUUUGUGCGGAUGAUGUCUCGCUGAGAGCUGCUAAUAAUAGCCAAGGGAAAUGUGCCUUAUUGAGCUGAGAGUCUUCAAGCUGCCAUACAUUCCAGGGUAAUGAAUCUUAUCAUCCGAAGCAAGGGCAACAUGCAAGAACUUCCCACACAUCCUGUGCACCCUGCCAAGAGCCAAACAACCAGUCCAGAAAUCCAGAGAUCCACAGGAACUUCACAACUUACAGUAACAUAUGACUAGACCCUCAGCCAACACCUAAUCUACUUCAGUAGACGCUCUAACUUCGGAUACAAUCAUACCUUGACUCUGAACUGUUUGCUCUCCUGCUAAACUUCCAUGUUAUGCAUACCUUAAGGAGGGAGCAGGGAACAGUGUUAACCAAGAUCCCCUAAAACUGGUUCUGCAUACAGUUGUGUUCCAAGUAUUCCAUAUGCCUCUUUGUUAUCUCAAAGAGGAAGCUUGUUUUUACCUUUCUCUAUAUAUAUUAUCUAUGUUUUAAAAUGUAUUUUGUUUCCCACUGUGGCCUGAGUUGUACUACUACUACCACUACCACUACCCAAUUUCUGGGGUAUGAUGUAAUUACUAGCUAUCCUUCCUAUGUCCAAUGGAAGUGCAAAAGUGAUGGAAAAGGCAGACAAAAUGUGGCCUGGUUCUUGACCUGGAUACAAUGACAGUUGCUCUUAGCCACUUCAGUGACUAAGAGGGAUUUGUGACAACUCAAAUAUUCAUAAGGACUGCUGGAAGUAACAGGGAUGAUCCUGAGAUGCUUCUUCAGUGACAUGGCUAAGAAUCGGAUGUUGCAUUCCUUUGUUACCAGGACUCACUUUUCCUUUCCUAGGCUCUGCAAAAGUUAGUCUGCUUUAAAGACUGUUCUUCAAUUACAUGUGUAUAGCACAUAUGUCUCCUAUACUUGGCCUCAGAAUUCCAUAUGCUUGUGGUUUUCAAACUGUGCUUUGGAGAAUUCUGGGAUCCUCUGGAAGUUUAUUAGAGCCUCUCUACAAUAGAAAACCAGUAAUGGUUGAUCAACUUUUCCCAUUAUCUGUUUAAAAUACCCAGCUUUACAGAAGUGCUGGGCCAAACCUAAGGGGCCCCCUUCGAGAUCAUAUACAGCGGUAGGGAGGUCCAACUGGUCUGGCCUAGCAUUCUGUAGAAUAUAGGUGUAAAAUUCAGAAAAUUCCCAGAAUUAUUUCAACCCAGAGAGAUUCUCUGAGAUGCACAUCAUUAGGUAAAUCAAUGUGAACAAGACUGCUUGAAUUCAGAACAUCCCUGUACUCCGCAGCUGGAAAUGGAACACUCUUGGAAAUCUGUACUUUUCCACUGAAAAUGAAACUGGUUGUUGUUGUUGCUGUUUUCUCAGUUCCUUUCCUAUUGAGAAGAAAAAUACAUUUCAGGAAAGAUAGUGUUCCUUGACCAUAAUGUUCCUUCAUGUGUGCAUAUGUCCUACAUUGUUCUUCUCACAGAACUAAUCUAACUGUAUCCGAAAGCUUGUUCAAACAAGCUCAUUAAACUAGGUUGCACUAUG